GUGAGAGAGAGAGCGAGAGAGAGAGAGAGAGAGAGAGAGAGAGAGAAAACAGGUGUGUGUAAAGAGUAAACAGGUUGAAGGGGGAUAUAGGCGAAUUUACCGAAUUCACAAGCUGACAGAAUCGCUGGGUUUUAGACUUACAGGCCGCGCGCGCCAUUCAUUACUUUUAAACUUGUGGAUUUCGAUCGAUCAUGUCUUCAUCGCGGUUAUGACUGCUUCAUGACUCGAUAUGACCGCUCUAAGUCCUUAACGACUGUUUCUGCCCGAGAGCGAUUUCGUCUGUGGUUCAGAUUCUCUUCCACGAUGAUGUCCGUGUUCGGACUCCUGUUUCUCCACUUCUGCCUUUCACACCACGCAGCUGCAGCUGCAGAAGAGCAAGAGCGGUCGCUCAUCAUAAUCGGAGAGAAAGGAACAAACGUCCUGUUGCCAUGUUUCGGACGCCCAGCCAACAGCACCCUGCUUGUAACUCGCUGGAAAAAGAGCGGGCAGAUUGCGGUCACCCGGGACAGUGCUCACCCGCUCAGCACGGCCCAUUUAUCCAUACAGGAUGACGGCAGCUUGAAGAUCACUGGUCUAAUGUUCAUAGAUGAGGAUGAGUAUGAGUGCGACCCCGUGCCGAAAAAUGACAGCUUAUCUCAGAAGAUUCUUCUACAGGUUGCUGAUGGUCCAACCAACAUGGCAAUAAAAAUAGAACCAGCAACUGCCCUAUUAAACGGGACACUGUUUGUCCAAAAAGGCACCAACAUUUCCUUUAACUGCUCCAGCGAGUCGCACCCCUCACAGAACCUUACGUGGUUUUUUGAAGAUGUCAGGAGGGCAUCUGAUACCGUUUCAUCGCUGAACUUUGAGACAAGCAACGUUAAUCCAGCUGAUCAGGGAACCUACACCUGCAAAGCCCAGAACCUCCUCUCCAACAAGACUGUGACGCGGAGCCAGGAACUGCUGGUCUACUAUGCUUCAGAGAGACACCCGAUUUGCAACUGGGAGCAGGCCAUUCAGCCUGACUUGGUGCACUUCAGCUGCUCCUGGUACGGGGGCUACCCUGUACCUAACCUACAGGUGUUUCUGGGUUCUGACACGGUGGCCUCAAAUGUCUCAGAGAAAUUAACAGUGACUCUGAACAGGACGAUGCUGCAUGAUGACCAGAACAUCAUGUGUCUGGGACGAUACAGUGAACUCCAGCCUGGACAUGAAAAGUCAUGCUCCUUCACAAUCAACUCCCCAUACCCGAUGGGAACGCCACUGGUGGCUGCUCUGGAGGGCAGUAACGUCACUCUCUCCUGCUCUGAGUACAAAUCUCUCCCUCCUGCUAAAACCGUGUGGCAGCGAGGAAAGAGUCAGGAGGUUAUCGUCCCCAGCUCCAAAUACAUACUGACUGCCCAGGGCCCGGAGCUUACUCUGACCAUAGUGAAUGUGACGAAGGACGAUGAAGGUGUUUUCUUCUGCUGGAGUGAAAAUGUUCUGGCGGCGAAGGAGCUGGAAGUCUAUCUUACUGUCAGAUCCUCUGCAGACAGCUCCGGGGCGGUGGUCGGAGUCUUUAUCUCGGUUGUGAUCGUAGUCGCUGGGAUAACGCUGGGGUUCCUAGCGUACUCCCGUCGUGACAGGAUAUGUCUGAGUUUUAGAUUUAGUGGUUUAGAGGACGACAGGACGGAUGUGAUGAGCCUGGUUGAGUCGGAUGAGGACGAUGUUUUCCACAACACUGUUCCGAGACUCCCUCCCGUUUCUAACGGACACGGUCCCACUCGCACCACUACACUCGUAGAGAUCCACAGGAUACAGUCCAGUGAUCAUGAAGAUAAUGUCAAUGACGCCGACCAAGCAGACCAAGAACAGGUUAAGCCAGAAGAAUGAUGCAAGAACUUAAUGGACUUCUCCGAUUGUACAGGACUGUGCUUU